AUGUGUGAAACUUCAUCAUCAAUUUGUUCAUCACCAAUAGGUGAUUUAAUAAUAUCUUAUUGUCAAAAAGGUCUUCAUUCUAUUUGUCAAAUAUCGACAAUCAAUGAUCAAUCAUUUAUACCAGAUGAAAAUCAAACAAUUGAAAUUCAAUCAUCAUCUGGUAAAAUUCCAAUACCUAAAUCAUGUCUUAAUUGGCUUCAUACUUAUUUUCAUUCACCAAAUCAUUUAGCUAAAAUACCUGAACUUUGUCCAAAUAUUGUUUCGAAAAACGAUUCAUUUCAAGAAAAUGUUUGGCGUACACUUUUAAAUAAUGUUCAUUUUGGUCAAACAGUAACAUAUGGUCAAUUAGCUGAAUUAGCUGGAAAUAAAAACGCUGCACGUGCUGUUGGAACAGCUAUGCGUUGUAAUCCAUUUCAAUUAUUAGUACCAUGUCAUCGUGUUAUUCGUUCUAAUGGUGAUAUAGGAAAUUAUUCAGGAGGAAAACGAAAUAAUGUUAAAUAUUGGUUACUUAACCAUGAACAAAAGUAA